UCCGUAGAAAUGGCAAAUACCGGCUCUAGAUGUCAAAUAUAUCAAAUUCUAACAAUUCAAAAUGGCGGCGGAAAGCACAAAGCGAAACUUGUAUAGCGAAAGUGAGGCUUUUAAAUGGCGCGUUUUUGUAGCGAAUGUGAAACGAAAUUUGCUAAUGAGGCAGCAAAAUACUGUCAUAACUGCGGAAAGGAAUUUUCAGAAUUUCCACAAAAUGCCUGUUACCAUGAACAAGAUUGUAUUGAAUACUAUUUUCAUCUGGGAUACAAGUAUCAUGACAUCAUUAAUUUAUUAAAAACAUAUCAUGGUAUUACGAUGUGUGUCCGCACAUUAAAAAGAAAACUACAAAAAUAUAACUUGAAGAAAAGAAAUGUCAAUUUUGAUGAGCAAUAUCUCAGGGAUAUUAUAAAAACAGAAAUGGAAGGAGCUGGACAACUUUCUGGUUACAGUAAAAUUUGGCAUCUACUUCGAAUAAAUCAUCAUUUACAUGCCCCACGGAGUGUUGUGGCUAGAGUUGUCCAUGAACUAGAUCCCCAGGCCAGUAAUGAAAGAAAGGGAAAUAAACUUAAACUGUGAAAGUACUUGUCUUAUGGUCCUAAUCACUGUUGGCAUAUUGAUGGUAAAUUUCAGUUUACUUGAAUAUGUUAAAUUUUUUUGUCUAUUUCAUGGUGCAUACCAGUGGUAGGAGCCAAGGGAAAAACAUCUCCAAAUGUCAUUUACAUAUGUUAUGUACUGUUUGAUAAUACCAACAUUGUCAAGGUUCAUAUAUGAAGCUUUAGUGUAGGAAAUAUAGAGGUUUACUC